AUGAAUCUUUGUGCUAAUAUACCAAGAAACACAUUAGUUGCUUUUGACAACUUUUUCACAAGCUGCAAUUUGAUGGAGGAUUUAUAUGAAAAAGGGAUAUAUGCAGUGGGUACAGCGCGAUGUAAUAGAAAAGAUCUUCCUGAAAUUAUGAAGAAUAAGCAGCCGAAAGCUUUAAAAUUACAAAAGCAUCAAUUUGCUUCCGUAACUGCCGAACCUAUAACAGCUAUAAAGUGGUUUGAUACCAAAGAAGUAUCAGUGCUUACCACGGCACAUAUACCACUUGAUAUAAUGUUUAUCAAUCAAACCCAAAAAGAUGGAUCAAAGCAAAAAGUCCUAUGUCCAACAGCUAAUGCUGUUUAUACACUAAGUAUGGGCGGAGUCGACUUAUUCGACCACUUUAGGUCCUCUUAUCCAAUUAGUAGGAAGUCACGAAAAUUUUAG